UUGAACUCCAUCUUUCUGUCUCUAUGUGUUUGUUAGCAGGUGUUUAACAGACCCGGAUGUACCAGAGCUACACGUUAGCUCCUCAGAUGCUAACAGUAGUUUCAAAGCUCGUCUAUAUGUAGUUAGCAUCUCUCCCGCUAGCUGUUAGCAUCUACAGUGAAGGGUCCUCCGUUACCGUGGAGACCGCUUAGACCACACUGAGGUUGCCAUGGCGAACAGGACCGACCCAAAAGCCUCGAGCCAAAGCUCGUGUCCCGAGGAAGAACCGAGGAAGCCUGGCGGCCGGCGGCCUCGCCGGCGCGCUGCUGCCUUCUCGGCCGCUCUGAGUGGGCGGGGCCAGAGAGCCAAGAGGCGGGGCCAGAAGGAGAAGGGGCGGGGCCAGCAGGAGAAGGGGCGGAGCCAGAAGGAGAAGAGGCGUUGUCAGGAGGAGAAGAAGGAAGGUGUGACGGUGAAGCGAACGUACAGCGACGGGAAGAGGCGCUGGGAUAAGAAGCAUUACUGCGUGUUCUGCCGCCGGCCGCAGGUGAAGAUCGCUCGCCACCUGCUGAGGAAACACUCCGACCAACAGGAAGUGGCGGCCGCCAGCGCGCUGCCCACGGGCUCCAAGCAACGCCACCUGCUGCUGGAACACCUGCGCUGCCGCGGAAACUACCUGCACAACAUCGAGGUGAUCAGACAGGGCAGUGGAGAGAUCGUCCCGUGGCGUCAGCCCUCAGAGGAAGUGGAUGCAAGGAACUACCUCCCCUGCCCGCUCUGCCUCGGUUUCUUCCUCCGCGCUGACCUCUGGAAACAUCAGGCGUCCUGCCGCAAGAAGCUGACCCCUGACCCCUCAAGGGACCCCACCUCCACCACUGAUCCCUCAAGGGACCCCACCUCCACAGCAGACACAACCACUGACCCCUCGAGUGACCCCACCUCCACUUCAGACACAACCACUGACCCCUCAAGAGACCCCACCUCCACAACCACUAACCCUUGCACCAUUGACCCCUCAAGAGACCCCACCUCCACAGCCGACACAACCACUGACCCCACAGGUAAGUCGGCCUGUGAUCCAGCAGACAACGCGGCCACAGAGGAUGCACCUUCUGACCCCUUGGGAGAUAAGUCCACAGCACACCAGACCGGGACCAAGCGGCCCGUGACCUCUGACCCCAGGGUGGACCAUGAUGUGACCUGUGACCCCGGUGGGGCAGAGCUGCCCAGGAAGCGCAGUAGGGUCCAGGCUGCAGCGUCCCGCCUCCUUCCCAUUUCCAGCGGAGCGUCUGAGAGCUGCAGCGAAGUCCUGCAUCGCAUGAACCAGGACCACGUCUCACACCAGGUCAAAUCUGAUUGGCUGAUCUGUAAAUACGGAAACAAGUUGAUGGGGAACCAAGAUGGCAGCCAGAGGCGGUACGACUACGUAAGUCAGAAGCUGCGGGAGCUCGGCAGGUUCGUCCUCGCUGCUAUAUCUCUGGACUCUGGCGUUCGGACCCUGCAGGACCUUCUGGCUCCGGGCCGCCUCAGCCUGGUGCUGGCCGCUGCCAGAAAAGCUUCGGGAUACCGCUGGAGUCGACCUCCGCUGGCCGUGAAGACCACACUGAAGACGGUUUGCGAGAUAGCCAUCGGAGAGACUCUGCAGGACGGAGACUGGGAGGCUGCAGCCAAGACAACCGACUUCUACCACCUGCUGGGGAGGGAGUGGGACAACCUGGGGCUGCUGGACCCAGACCACCACACAGCCACUUCAGUAGAAGACGCUAAGCUGAAGAAACGAUCGGUCCAAUCAAUAAGUGAGAAGUGUAAAGAGCCAUCUAACCCAAGACCGGAGGUUCCAGCACAGAGCAGUAACCGACCGCUGACCUCCAUGAUUCAAAUAGAGUCCAGACUGCAGACCCCGAUCACAGUUCCCGUUGCUCCGAGGAAGGUCCGACGUCGGCCCUGGUCGUCUGCAGAGAAGGAGGCAGUCUGGAGACAGUUGGGAGUCCACGUUCUGGUCCAGUCGGUGCCAGGGAAGGAGAUUUGUCAGCGUUGUCUGGACCUGGAACCGGUCCUCAGAGGGCGACACUGGAAGGACAUCAAGAACCAGGUCCACAACCAGAUCCAGAGCCAAAAGAAGCAGCAGUUCCAUGCCCAGAUGGACCUUCAGGACAACCAGGAACAACAAGAGCAAAUCCAAAAUCACAAGAAGCAGUACCAGGCUCAGGUAGACCAACACGGCACGGACCACAACCAGAAGAAUACCCAGAUGGACCAGCAGGACCAGGACAACAUUCAGAAUCAGAAGAAACAGCAGUACCAUACCCAGAUGGACCUUCAGGACCAGGACAACAUUCAGAAUCAGAAGAAACAGCAGUACCACACCCAGAUGGACCUUCAGGACCAGGACAACAUUCAGAAUCAGAAGAAACAGCAGUACCAUACCCAGAUGGACCUUCAGGACCAGGACAACAUUCAAAAUCAGAAGAAACAGCAGUACCAUACCCAGAUGGACCUUCAGGACCAGGACAACAUCCAGAAUCAGAAGAAACAGCAGUACCAUACCCAGAUGGACCUUCAGGACCAGGACAACAUUCAGAAUCAGAAGAAACAGCAGUACCAUACCCAGAUGGAUCUUGAAGUUCACAAAAAGCAGCUGUGCCAUGCGAGAAUAGCGCACCAGGACCAAAUUCAGAUCCAUAAAAAGCAGCUGUAUCCAAUGGGCGAGCAUCGGGACACUUCUGUACUGACGGGUCCACAUUAUGGUUCUGAGGGGCCACAUCGAGCCCCUGGACAGUCCCUACUGGAGCGGGAGCCCGGUCUCAGUCCAUACCAACUCCCACACAGGACUCUGGGGCCUCACAUGGACCAGCUGCUGUCCAGAACAGAGUGGACGGACGAGUCCUUGGCCCAACACUACUCGGUCAGCAGGCAGCUGGACCGGAACCUGCAGCCCAAUCCACACUCUGGACAUGUCCACUUCUGAUGGACCGUACUAAAGACUGGUGGGGUGUAAUGGUUCAGGGUUAGGAUUCGGACUGGAAAGGAGGAUCUGAGCAGAGGUACAUAUAAAUUAAAACUGCCUCUUUACCAGGACAUUUGGUGCUCUUAUACUUCCUCACCUUACCUUCUGCUGUGCUCCCGUCAGAACUACUACGCCCACUAGUGGGCGCCGCCACUAGAACCUAAACAUAGGCCAUAAUGAUGCUGGAACAAACCACUUAUAGGGGAAGAUAAACAUACCGUUACAACCUGAUAAUGACUGUAAUAAGCAUUUGGCCUCCAUUAGUCUCUGGACUUCCUGAACAACAUUAAAUAGUCCUCUCCCACAACAAACACUUAACAAGCUGUACAUGAAUUGUGUUCCAUUUAUUUAACCAUACUGACAUUUAAAAGUCACCACAUGUAAAUGUUAAAUAAAUCUAUAUUAGUAGAGAGAAGAAAGAUGAUUGGAUUAGUUCAUAAGUUGUCAACUAAACUGAAUAUCUUUGAGUUGUGGACAAAACAAGACAUUUGAGGACAACAUCUUGGGCUUUGGGGAACACUGAUCCACAGUUUAGAGACCAGACUACUCACCCAUUCAUCCAGAACAUACUACACUCUCCCCAAACCUGACAUAACGGGACAUUAGAAAACGCUUAACGUGAAAAAGCUUAACGUGGUUUAAUGUACCUAAACAAUGAUCAAUCAUCACCAAUUUUAUCUCUCAUAUUGCAUGUAAACCAAAGUCCCAUUAUUAUGGACGUUAUGUGACAUUAAGCGUUUCUGCCUCCUUACAGCCUAAUGUAAGGAAACAUUAAGCUUUUUCCUGAUCGGAGGGGUUAGAUGUUUUGACAGUUUUCAGUGGUUAUGAGGAGCAAUAUGAGAGAGAUUGGUGAUGAUUGAUGGUUGUUUAGGUACAUUAAACCACGUUAAGCGUUUCAGAAUGUCCUAACAUAACUAUUACCAGGUUAUUUAAGGUAUAUAAGAUCGCCUUUAGGAGACCUUUAGGAGGGCUCAGCCCCUAACAGGGGCAGUUCUAGGACCAGACCUUUAGGAGGGCUCAGCCCCUAACAGGGCAGUUCUAGGACCAGACCUUUAGGGGGGUUCAGCCCCUAACAGGGGCAGUUCUAGGACCAGACCUUUAGGGGGGUUCAGCCCCUAACAGGGGCAGUUCUAGGACCAGACAUUUAGGGGGGUUCAGCUCCUAACAGGGGCAGUUCUAGGACCAUACAUUUAGGAGGGCUCAGCCCAUAACAGGGGCAGUUCUAGGACCAGACCUUUAGGAGGGCUCAGCCCCUAACAGGGGCAGUUCUAGGACCAGACAUUUAGGGGGGUUCAGCCCCUAACAGGGGCAGUUCUAGGACCAGACCUUUAGGGGGGCUCAGCCCCUAAUGAGAAUGUGACACAGAUACGGUGCCUUGCAAAAGGCACACAGACACACAGGAUAAUAACCCUGCUGUUGUCUUUGUGCAACUUUGCUUUUCUGUAUAAAAAUUUAAACUUUUUUCAGUGUUUUGGUCAUCUUUUUUUGACACUUUUCCUGAUGUUUUUGGAACUAUUUUGAUGUUUUAGUCACUUUUUCUGAUGUUUUUGUCGAUUCUUUCGGUGCUUUUCCUGAUGUUCUUUUAUCAAAACAUUUUUUUAAAGCUAUAAAAUUGACUAAAACGCCCAAAUUCAAUGAAAGUAGUGAACUGAUCAGUUAUUUAUCUUGUGAAGACAGUUGUAGGGAACCAUCCACGUUAUUUCUUUUGACAGUUUGGUUGAAAGAAAACCCAAAUUUCUGAUAGAGAAACUCUAUGAAAACUUAAAGCACUAAAAUUGAUUUUUGUUUUUUAAAAAGCCCCCAUAAAAAAGGUCUAAAAUCACCACUGGUUCGGGUACAGAUUCUCUGGUUACAGCUUUGUGUAGCUGGAUAGAAGUCAAACUGCCAGUGGUCUCUGCCUGCAAGACAAAGACACAAAUGUCCAUUUUGUGUAAGACUUUUAUAUAUUUACACUACAGAUUUAACAUUAUAACUGUCACCGUUCAGUGUUGUUGUUCAAGCUGCUGCUGUUCCUUUGUGUUGUAUUUACUCAUUGUUACUCACAGCUUUCUGUUCCCGUAUACGUGCAGUUUAGUGUCCCAAAUUCCCUGUAACAUAACCCUAACCCUAUCCUAACCUUAACCCCUCGAGGUCAAACACCUAACCCCACCCAGUCAAUCUGCUUCGUAGGUCAGGUCUUGGCGUGGCCGUGGUGGGAUUUAGGAACUAACCUGCACGUAUGCCUUCUGAUCCUGUCUGGUGUGUCCACACUGAACCUGUGAGUGAGUGUCUGAGCAGAGUGUAAUCAGCCAGAAUAACUACACUAACACACCUGUAUGGGGUGGCCAGAGGCUGGUGGCUCCUAUUAGCACCAGUAGAUGGCAGAGUUCAACCACAUUCAUUUGUGCUUUCUGCAGGAGUAAAAGAAACAUUUUUUACA